AUGGGUAAACGAAGUAAGUCAUCUAACGUCGCUACUCAGGACGUAAGUGCAAGCAGUAAAAAUAUUAAAAAUAAAAGAGCUAAGAUUGAAUCAGGCGAUGAAGAUGCACCGAAACCUGACGAAACUAAUGCGGUCAUAGACAAAAAACAAGUUAAACGAAAAAAUAAAAAUAAAACACAGAAUAAUAAAGGCAGUGAGAUAAACAAAAAUAAAAAGAUAAUAUUUACAGAAGACGAUGAUGAACCAGUUGAAGUUGAUAUUACUACAAAUCAACAAAAACGAACUAAAGACCUUGUUCCUCAAGAGAAUGAAGAAGAUAUUAAAGACGAAGACAUUGACAAGUUCUGUGAUGAGUUAAAUGAAGAAGAUAACGAACAGUUUGAGAGUUGGGUUAAAUUAAUAGAAGCUAAGCUUCAUUCGAAUAAAAAGAAACCUAAAUGA